AUGAUUGAGGAAGUCACAUUUGAAAAUGUCGAGGGUUUCACCGAAGAGGGGCUGCCAUUCCUUAUUUAUUUCCGUGAUCCAUCGAAAAAAAGCGACGAUAAGGUCUUCAUUGAUGCGGUAGUUCGUGAGCUCUAUGAUCAGCGUAUGUCCAUUAACCCACUUCUUGCUGAUGGGUUAAAGUUCGUUCAUCCCCUAAGGCAUCUUGGUAAAACAACAAAGGAUCUCCCUGUCCUUGCAAUCGACUCGUUUGUGCACAUGUACUUAUUCCCAGAUAUAUCGCAAUUAUCGCAGCCAGGAGUGUUAAAGCAGGUGAGAAAUUUACAUGAUGGUUUAUUUAAGCAACGAACACGUCGGCCCAUCUGGUCAGUGACCUCCGUCGAGGACGUUCUUCAGACUUAUACCGCUAGAUGGCGAAGACGAGAAGAUCUCAUAACUGGUGAACUCUACGAGAUGUUGAGUGCGUCGAUGGGACGUCAUUCAGCGCACUGUGUUUGUUCGGACAGCUAG